AUGGGAGGUCUGAAGACCCUGGGCCUGCUGCCCAGUAGGAGCAUGGGCCUCCCCUCCCUCCAGAAGCCUGUGGACAGGCGCCGUCUGUCAGGCUUCCUCUACAAUAUCUCCAUGUACCUCCAGGAGAUGGGUGCUGAGCUGGAGGAGCGACAGCUUGUCUCUGACGAGGAACAACUGUGGGAGAAGGUCCUGCAGUCCUUUAUCCAGUCAGAGGGGGGUGCUGCGCUGAACCAGUGGGACAGCCGGGUGCCCCCCAGGCCCAGCGUCAGACUCCAGGACUGGUUCCUGUCCCUGAGAGGCAGCCCCCACUGGGAUGGGCUGCUGGGGCUGCUGCAGAGCCUCAUGUCCCUGUCUGAGCGGCAGCCCCACAGGCCCCUGCUGGACUUCCUAUCCCAGAACUGGAGGACAGUGAGUGCCCUGCUGGAGGCGGCCCUGCAGGCGCUGGUCAGCGGGACCUAUGGCCAGGCCAGUGCCGGGGUGCAGGGCUUCAUCUGUGCCCUGAGGGGCCGCAGUGAAUGUGCCUUCAGCGUCAGCUGGCUAACACAGUUCCUCCGCUUCAUGGAGACGCGCAACUGGAAGCCCGUGGUGAACCUGCACCCUGCAGGGAUGGGGGCCGACCAGAGAGGGGGCUCGGCUGCUUUUGGGCGCCUGAAACCAUUCAGCAUGCCCCCCAAGGCCAUGAGAGAGGAGGGGUUGUCUGGGAAUGCCACUCAAGGGGACGUUGAGGACAGAAGGGACAUGGGGGGAGACCUGGACUCCAUUCAGACACUGCUCCUGCAGGCUUUAUUGCGCUCUGAUGGGGGGCAGAGGGCAGGGCAGCUGGCAGAGCAAAACCCUGCCCUGCUGCAGGGAUUGGACGGCCUGAGAAGGGGAUUCUUGCACAGGGUGGGCAGCUCAGUGUAUCUCAACCUGAGGAGAAAGGUGUCCCGCGUUAUCAUGGCACUGCUUGAUGAUGUCAGCAGCGUGGUGGACGUGCCACAGCCCAAACAUAAGGGCAGAUGCUCCGUAGGUGACCUGAGACAGCUAAUCUUAUGGGGGAUCAGACAUAAUGUCACGUGGAAUGCUCAGGCUCUGGGCUUCAGCUCGCAGGGCCCUCCCAGCACCCCUCCCUUCCUCUCCUGCCCCUCCACAGAGGGUGAGAGAGGGGACCCCAGACCCCCACCACGCCCCUCUCGCCCUAAACCAGCCCUGUCACCCCGCAGGGUGCCCAAACAGAAACAACCACCCAGCCCAACCCCAGUACCCCGUCAUUCCCGUCUCCUCAAGCCCCAGUCUGAGGCAGUAGAAGUUGGCCACAGCCACCUGAGAGAGAUGGGGUACUUUGCCUCAGCAGAGAUCCUGGAAGCAGCGUGUAACGCCUCUAUCCCAGGCCUUACAGGGGUGUCCAACUUCACUGUGUUCCUCUACUGUAACCUGUUUGACGGGGACGAUGGGUCUGUGGACCCGGAGGUCGGUCAGAUGGGACCCGACCUACAUGCCACGUGUUCCGACGCCGCCUGGUACCUGUCUGCAGCCGAGGAUGACUUCCUGUGGGUCCACAUCUGCAGCGAGUUCUACGCCCACCAGUUCAACAAAACUGUGUGUGCCAACUCCUCCUUUUGGCUGCAAAGAGCACACCAGGCUGCAGAGACAAAGGACUACCACUACUUCAACCAGUCCAGUAUAGAUGACCUGUGUGUGCAGCUGUCAGUGGAGGUGGUGGAGGGCGGGGGCAGCCAAGAGCCUGACGAAGCCUGCCUGGCCCAGCUGGGCACCAGGUCCCUCAGCGCCCAGGAGUUCAGACGCUGCUUCCUGCCCAACACUUCUGCUCUGGUCUCAGCCCUGUGUGGCAGCGAGUCCCCUGAGGCCCACCCCUCCCACCCAUCCCUUCCGGAGGGCAGCUGGGCUGCAGAGUACUGCUCCAGACUCCACAACUCCUCCCACCCUGAAUCCACAGAAGACACAUGUGACUACAGGAAGUGGAGCCUGCAGCAUUUCACAAACGCCACCCUGCUGGAGCUCUGUGGCAGUACAGAGGGGCUGAGGGAUUAUGUUUGUAGCAACACCACCCUGUACCGCCGGCUACUCCCAGCCUAUCCUCAGCUCUCUGACCUUUGUGUUGACCUGGAUGUAGAACAGGAGGACAGGAAGUGCUUCCUCCAGUGGUUCUUUGACAUGCUCCCGGCACCGUACGACUUUGACACAUCACAGCUGUGUGUGAGUCCUGCUCCGCUGCUAGUGGAGGCGCUGCACAGGCUGAGUGUGUGUGAGGUGGAUGGGGGUGAGCGCGGGGGCUGGGUGGGGGCUGUGGGGUACAUGCUGAGGGUACUGGACUUUGUGGUGGGGCUCUCGGCGGGGCUGGAUGAGGGGGAGGGGGAGGUGAGGCAGGGCCUGGGUCAGGCUAUCCUCCUCUCCAGUCUCCUUGACAAUGCCUCAUUCUGGGCCACUCUGCGUCCCGACGCCUCACUGAGCGUGCUCCAAACCGUGGGCUUGUUCCUGCGCAGGGAGCAGAGCGCAGCUCUCAAAGAGGACCUGCUCAGCUGCUUCAGUCCUGUAUUAUGGGACCUCAUUCAGAGAGAGGACAACUCCUCUGCCCUCAGAGUCCUAAUGCAGGUAUACCUCCAAAUGCCCAGGGAGAGUAUCCGCACACUGGUGAUGUCAGCAGAGAAAGAUGCGGUGAAGAGGUUUCUAACUCACAUGCACCAGAGCUGGGACCAGCUGCACGUAGAGACCGCUCAGAGAGAACUGCAGGCCAUGGAGACCAUGACGUCCGCCUUCAUCCACAAGUUCCCUCGUGUGACCCCUGACCUCUUUGUCGACCUAUCACAGUUCAUCCCUUUCAUGUCCGUCUCUGACAUCAUGAGCUUCCCUGCCUCCCUGAUGGUCAACACCAGUGUGUUGAUGGCCAUCCGUGACCACAGCACAGAGAUGAAGUCUCCACAGAAACAGGCAUUUGUGAAGAGGCUUCUGCAGUCCAGUGUGGUGGGAGAUGUCCCUUCUUGGCCACCGUACUUCCUCAGCUCCAUCCUCCCACUGCUCCCACACCUCCCAGUCAGCCAAUUUCAGCAGCUGACAUCAGAUCAGCUGAGUCCCCUGGUGGAGUUGCUGGGAAACACCAGUCUGGAUGGAACAAGAGGGCGUCAUGUUCUACGGACUCUAUUCAUUAAAAAAAUGAACUUCACCAGUGAUAACAUAUCGAGGCUGGGAGUUCUGGUUUGUUACCUGAACCCAGAGGAACUGCGUCCGUUUCUGCUGGCUUCCCCUGUGUCCUCUGCUCUUUGGCAGCAGCUAGCUCUCUGUGUGUCUGAGGGACACAUCAGUGCUUCAGGCAGGCUGUCCCUCUGGCUGGUCCAGGCGGUGCAGCCUCUGAAUGCCGGCACUCUGCCUCCUCCAGCACUGGCCACCCUCAGGGGCCUACUGCCCCAGCUAGGGGCUUCCUUCCUGCAGUCACUGCCCUCACUACAGCUCUUGGACCUGCUAACACAACCAGGCCUGCCCAGCUUCUCCCCAGCACAGCUCACCAUGGAUACACUGUGCAGGCUGAAGCCCUUACUGCCUGGCCUAUCCCCUGCUGUGCUCAGUGGCAUACACUGGUCUGAGAUCAGUGGAACCGCUCACUGCCAGUGCUGGAGCACUCUACUGACUGACCUGAAGCCUGCCCAUAGAGCCAUGCUCCACAGGGCACUGCAGGAGGCUUUAGCCAUCAACUCAAGGAACUUGACAGAGCAGCUCCAAUGUCUCCUGCCAUUCGUUCCCCUGAGGGAGCUGAUAGAGGUUCUGGAUGGAGAGACAUUCCUGAGAAAUAUGAGCCUGUACAGAGACCUGCCCUGGUCCCCGCAACAGAGGAAAUGCGUUGUAGAGGAGCUGCGGCAAAGACCAGAGGAAGACCUGGACGGUAUAAGCCCCUGGUUUGCUGCAAAAUUACCGGUGAACCUGAUUGAGAACCUAUCUAAUACGUCACUGACAGCCAUCCUGGCUCACAUUCAGCAGCACUUUGUGGACUUCCUCAAGCUGCCCCGUCAUAAGCAGAUGGCCUUAGCAGAAAAGGCCAUCACUGUGCUGGGCACCUCUCAGGGCCUGGCUGAGGGGGAGCUCAGGGGGGCCUCUGUGGACCUCCUGGGGCCCCUGUUGCCCUUCCUGGACAGGGACACCCUGGGGCUGGUGGACAGAGGGGCCCUGGGGCUGCGGCUGGAUGAGCUGAGGGGAUACUGCCUGCCUUGGGACACCCUGAGGGACAUGGCUGCUCUGCUCACUGGGAGAGACCUGCUGGGAGAGUCAUCGGUGUGGACGGUUGGUGAUGUGGAGCUUGUUGGCAGACUGGUGUUCACUCUCUCUCCAAAACAGAUCAACUCCAUCCCACUGGUGGUGCUGAGUGCAGAGACGGUGGAGGAGGUUCUAGCAGGUCAGUGGCGCUGGGAGAACAGUGAUGUGGGUCAGGCCUGUGUGUCCCGGUGUGUGGACCAGCAGGGCCAGCGAGAGAGGAUCCACAGCCUCAUACGGGGGGUCGUCAGAGCACAGAGCAGGAGGAGAAAAGUGCCUGUCCCAAGCUGUGGUGACAUAAGAGGCACCUUCCCCUCAGCAUGGACAGCCAAUCAGCUGAGCCGGAUGGCGGGGGAGGAGUUGGGGCAGUGCGUGGAGGUCAUAGGUCAGGACGCUUCACUGAGCCCUGAGCAGCGCCGAGCACUGUGGGUAAAGCUCAGGCAGGACUACAGUCCAGUUAGAGGCCUGAGGCCAGAGCAGGUCCUGGGGCUGGGCUGUGUGGUCACUGAGCUGGGGGAGAGAGAGCUCCAGGAUACUAACCUGACUGACCUGGGUGUCCUGGCCCACCUGGGGGCUCUGACCAACUGGGGCCCAAAAAAGAUGAGAGCAGCAGUUGUUGGUGUGAUGCGGAAGCGGAAGUGGAAGGUGGAGCAGCUCGGAGCUGUAGAAGUGGCUUCUUUAGGACACCUGCUCUGUGGUUUAACACUGUCAGAGAUCAACCGACUGGACCCCUACAACCUCAGCAUGGCUGCUAUGUUCCUGAGGGAGCUGGCCCUGCCGUGUUCAGAGCAGCAGAUGGAGGCUCUGACAGCCCGUCUCUCCAGUCCUCAGGCCUUUGGCCCCGUCAGUACCUGGGGCCCCGAGGUCUUCACUGAGAUCGGCACACUAGCAGCGGGUCUGGAGGACAUGGUUCUGUCUUCUCUGGUACAGGAGCAGGUGGAGGGGCUCAUCCCCGAAGCUAUCGCCCUGAUUCCCCCCACGAAGAUGGCUGUGGUAUUCAGUGCGGUCCAGCUGUCUUGGCUGAAUGUGGAGCAGGCGUGGGUGGUCACAGAAAAGCAGUGGGCAGAGCUGAACAGUGGGCAGAGACAUGCCCUGGGCCUGGCGCAGUACGAGGGGGACGUCCUGCUAGAGCACAGAGGGAGGAAUGUGGCCCCGGCAGCACGGUCAGCUGACAGCCUCACUGUGUGCUUAUUGUCUCUAUGCUGUAUGUUAUGGCAACUAUUGUAAAACACACAGUAACCCAUUUGUAUUUAUUUGUUCUUUGACCUUCUUUUAUCGAAUUGUAACAUUUGUACUUAAAAAUAAACCUAACAUUUUGAACUGUG